AAUUUUUUUUACCAAUCACCAAACCCAUAAGCCACAUCAUUGGAUUCAAAUGCUCCCAACUUUUUAUAGAUGAAGUGCUAGUCUCAACCACGUUUCUGCUCCAUUGUUGUUAGAUUUGUCCUGAGUUUUCGUUUUUUUUUUUGUAAGGUAAAAUAUUGCUUUCCCCUUUUUCCGCUUUGAAAAGAACAUCCUUCCCAAAAAAAAAUAUGAAAUCUAUGCAUGAGUUUUGGGCUGACAAUUUCGUCUCUUUUCGUUUCGACCCUCGUCAUUUUACGCCAUUUUUCGAACAGGUGAAGAUAUUUCUGAUACAGAAGGUUGUACCGGUUUUAGCACGGUAGAGAUGGUAGAACCACCAGAAGAAGAACGUACACCUUCGGUGGUUGAAAUUCUAGCAGCCAUGGCCUUGGGCCCAAUGUUGGCUGUCCCAGCUGCAGAUGAACCGGCCGCCUUAACCGCCGCCGAAUUAAUUACAAUGAAUGAAUUGAAAAAUUUGGCAUUGGCCGAAAUCAAGGCACGAUCUCAUGAAAUGUACCCACAUAGUUUGGGUGUGAUACCGGAAGAAAUGACGGAAUUUGAUUUGAAAAAUUUCCCAACUCCCGAAGAGUUACAGAAGAAGGAAGAGGAGGAUGGUCAAAAACAAUUGGCUGAACAAAGUGGAGAUAAGGUGGUAAUAUUGGAAACGAUUGAUGAAACUUCCGAUUUGUCGGAGAAAAUUGAAGAUAUUGCUGGUGGAUCGAUUUCCGGGGAUGAGUCAACGGAAAAUACAUUGAAAACCGAGGAGGAGGUGCCUAAAGUUGUUACAGAAAAAGUGGAAAGUGUUGUGGUAUCAGCAGAGGAAGAACAAAACGAACCUGGAACUGAAACUGCUACUGUAUCCGAUUCUCAAGAACAUGAAAAACUUGUGGAUGAUUCUGAAACAAAAUCAGCAGGGCCGGAAGAAGCAUCCUCUGAAACCAUUGUGGAAAAUAAGGAAGUAGAACCAGUCAAGACCUCCGCAGAACCUGAUAAUGCAACCGAAUCCCAAGAUACAAAGGAAGGUAUUUCGGACACAAAAACAAAGGAACAGGUAGAAGAAGCUACGGAAAGUACCUUGGAAACAAAAGAAAUGGAACAGGGAAAAACUGAUAUAGAAACUAAAGAGGUAUCAGAAGCACAGCUUGAAACUAAGGAAUUUUCCACAACGGUUCAAGAUGCAACUGAACCUUCUGCUGUUAUUAAAGUUGAAGUAUCGUCGGAGCAACAAAGUUCACAAGAAGAUAAAUCCGAAAGUGUUGCAAAAUCUGAGAAAGAAGAACCCGUCGCAGAACAAAUUGCAAAUGUAGAGAGAUCCGAAAAGGAAGAGAGUAAAAUUGAUGAGAAGACAGUACAGCCUCCGAUUAAUACUUCUGUGCCAUCUGAAGGACAAGCCACAGAGAGUGUCGUCGUUUCUCCUAAGGAUAAUGUAGAUUCAGAAGCAAAAUCAUCUGAAAAGGAAAGUAAACGUUUGGAAGAAAUUGGCAAACCAGAAGAUAAGGGAGCUGAACUGAAUCCCCCGGUAAAAGCUGAUGACACUUUGUCCUCAAAUGUUCCAACUUUGGAAACAUUAGCCAAAUUGGCAUCUGAAACUUCCGAGAGUUCUGAAAAAGUGGAAGAAAAUCCAAAUCCCAGUGAGGCAUUGGCAUCCACAGAAAAAUUACAGGAUGCAGAUGUGGAAACCUUCUCAGAUCUACCCACCAUUGAGUUCCACAUUCAAACUAUGCCGUUGACAACAAAGAAAAAAGAAAAUAAGGUUGAGAUUGUGGUGUGUGAAAAUAAAAAUGAAGAAACAAUCGAAGUAGCAGCUACAAUAUCACCUGAAUCGGAAAUAGUAACUCCUGAAUCAGAAGUUCCUAAACCUUCGGAAAAAGAUAGCAAGGAAAAUGAAGUUAAGACAGCUAAUGAACCUUCGAAAAUGGAGGUAGCUGAAGAGAGUGAAAUACCUACCCAAGAGGAAAACGAUCCUCAAAAAAUUGAGGAAGUUUCAGCUGAGGUUGUGAUCGAAAAAGACCCUGUGAAGACCGAGGUCGAGACUGCAGUUGUAGAAGAAAAAUCAUUAACAGAAGUUGCUGAACCGCUAAGGCCAAAAGAAGUGUCGACAACGACCCAAACUGAAACUGAAAAACCAGCUGAACUAGAACCUCAAAUCGCCGGUAUAGAAGAAAAGGCAAGAGACGAAACGGAAACCCAAAAGACCACUGAAGAAAACGUUUCGGAUACUGGCGUUGAGGAAAAAGUAUCCGUUUCUAAAGUCGAACCUGAUACUGUUUCGGAUGCAACUAAGACCGAAGCUGAAUCUGAAUUCUCAAGCGAGAUCGAACCUCAGAAACCGACUGCAGAUAAGGAUUCUGAGGAGAAAGAAGAAUCUCAAAAAUCUGCCGUGGAACAUGUUGCUGUGACUGAAGUGGAAUCUCAAAUGGACAGCAAACAAAAUGAGGUUGAGUCUCAAAAUGUAAAGGACGUAUCCAAAAAUGAAGUUGAAUCUCAAAAAUCAGCUGAAGCUGAAUCUCACAGCCUGGUGCAAUCUUCAGAAUCUGCUGAGGUAGAAAAAACGAACUCAGACUCUCAAAAAGCAAAUGCAGAAGAAGUUUUGACUACUGAAGCCCAAGCUGAAAUAGCAAAAGAAGAAAGCGAAGCUAAAGGAGACGAAGUUAAAGAAGAAAGCGAAUCUAAACAAGAAAGCGAAGUUAAAGAAGAAUCCCAAACGGCAGCAGAGGAAUCGAUAGCAGAAACUGGUGUUGAAUCUGAAACUGUAGCGGAAAAAGAAGUAUACAUUGUAGAAUCGAAACCUUCAGAAGAAAUCCAAACUCAAAAAGACACCACAGAAGCAGUAACUCAAGCCACUGCGAAACCUCAACAAGAGCAGAAAGAAUCUGAGAUAGAUGUUGAAGAUGGCGAUCACGAAAGACCCCCAACUACAGUGGAAUCAUCUUCGACUGAUGUAAAUAAAACAAAUGAAGAAGCUAUAUCAUCCGAAAUGGAAACCCAAAGUCCCGUAGCAGAAAAUUUACCCGUAGCUGAAUCUGACAAAGAAUUGAAGGAUACAAUACCUCCAACUGGAGAAUCCGAAACUACUAAAACUGAAUCUCAAACAGAAAGCACAGAAGGAGCAUCGCACGAAGAAGAGGAACCCGCUAAAGAAAAAGAAGUAAAUGCAUCUGCAACUAAAUGUGAACCUCAAGAAGUUUCGGUAGAAAAAGUAGAUGGGGUCGCAGCUGAGGUUGAACCUCAAACUGCAGCUGAAAAUGUAGUGUCUUCGCCGGAAGCCACAGACGAAAAAGUGUCUCAAGGAGAAUCAGACCCACUAAAUGAGUCCACAGAAAGUGCAACCGCAGAUGGAGUACUUGAAAUAGGUGCUGUGGAGGGAAAGGUUUUAGCAGAAUCUGUUACAUCAUCAGGUGUAGAAAAAGUUCAUGCAGCUGAGGAAGCUCCAACUGCUGAAAUUAAGCCUCAAACUGCGUCCGCUGCACUUGAAGACGAAAAGACAGAGGUAAAAGAAAGCAAUGUAGAACCCGAAAAGAAAUCAGAAGAAACUUCAAAUGCAGCAGAGGUUGAACCUAUUAAAGCUGCAGUGGAGGAAGCUGCUGCAGAUGAUGCUGUUAAAUCUUCGGAAGAAGUAACAACAGAACCCGCAGUUCAAGUAGAAUCAGAAGAUUUUACUCCUAAACCAGAGGCUGAAGUAUCAACAGAUGUGGCGGGGCCACAAGAAGCUACAACAGACAUUGUCCAGACUGAAACUGAACAUCAAACUGCAGAGUCAGUGUCAACCGAAAUUGAACCCAAAAAAGAAGAGGUCGAAGAUCCUGCUCCAUGUGAAGCUGGAAAAGAAAUAACGGGAGGGUCACAGGAUGCUACAACAGCGGAUAUUGCCAAGACUGAAACUCAAUCUAUAGAGUCAGUCGAACUGUCAGCUGCAGCUCCAUGUGUAACUGAAAAAGAAACAACGGGAGAGGUUUCAAUGAAAACAGACGAAUCUUCAAAGGAAGUCGCAGGUGAUAGUUCCCAGAUUCUGGAUGACAAACCAAUGCAAAUCACAGAGCCUGAAACUAAAGAUCAACAAGCUGGCUCAGCUGAUGUUGAAACCCAAAAAUUGAACCCGACAAUUGAUGAAACACCUUUGGAAUCUGCGGAGAAGGAAAAUGUUCCUGAAGUUGGAAUUAUAGAUAAUAUAUUACCUACGGCAGAAGGGGAACCUCCAAAACAUGCUACUGAAGAGGUGUCAGAACAAGUAACGGAGUCUCCGAAAGUAAGCGAAGAAUCCGGUACGAUAGCGGAGGAUUCACAAAUAUCUAAAACCGAAGAAAAAGUGUGCGAAUUGAAUGUGGAAACAAAUACAAAAGUAUCUGAAAUUGUGGAAAGUUUGGAUGUCUCAGCAGAGCCUAAAGUAUCUGAAUCUAAAACUGACGAAAAGCCAAAUGAUUUAGUGGCCGAAGGCUCUGAAAGCGAAUCGAAAUCCGCUGAAAAAAUUGUGGAAGAUGUAAGAGUUUCUGAAGUGGAAUCGUCUAAAGGCCCAGAACAAUCGGGAAUAUCCGACGAACAUAAUGUCAAAACUGAAGAUUCCACCUGUGAAACUGAACCAGCAACUGAAUCAGAUUCCACAUUACCGGUGUCUGAAGACACAUCAAAUGUAGAAGCUACAGCAACUAAAGAAACUUCCAUUAAUUUGGAAUCUAGCUCUGAAGUUACUAAGGAAUCUGAGAAUCCACAAGAAUCCGCUGAUAAAGAAAAGACUGAAGCUUCCAAAGACGAGGAAGACAUUUCUUCACCACAAAAAGUUUCCACAGCAGCUAUCGCUAGCACUGUUUCAGAGGAAAAGUCCAUUGAUAACCCGGCACCUGACGAGGCUUCAAAUUCUGUAGCGGAAGCACCAAAAAAGCAGGAAGAGGCAUUGAAGCCGAUUAUACCCGCAGAUUCUGGAAUACCAGCUGUACAAUCAAAAGCCGAUGAAACUGAAGCUACACAAGAAGAAACUAAACCUAAACGUGAAAUUACAAGCGAAAAUGUCCAAGAUAAUCUUCCGCAAGCCGAUACUAAAACGGAUCAAUCAAAUGAUCCAUCGGAAGUUGAUUCGAAAAAUAUGGAGUCUAAAGACGAUAUAAGCCCAGAGAAUUCUGUCGCAUCUCAAACCGAGGCAGAUUAUAUGAAAGAUUCCGAAGACGCAUCAGCUUUAUCACCAUCCAAAAAAGUUUCGCAACCACUUUCAGCGCAAGCUUCUCUUGAUAAAUCUACAAAUACCGAAGAUCAGCCUUCGGAGGAGAACAAAACUCCUACUGGAACAGAAGCGGAUGUAAAAGACAAUGUGACAACAUCAAAGGAGGAUUCCAUUGCAAACAUUCCUAGUGGGGAGGAACUUCAAGCAAUCAGUCAAAAUGUGGAAAAUGCAGAAGACACUGCAAUUGAAGAGAAGAAGGAAACUUCGGAAGUGGAAACAAAUCAAUCCCAAGAUGUAAUUGAAACACCGGGCCAACAAGCCUCUUCAACCAUUUCUGAGAUAACUGAAAAUGAUGUUCAACCUGCAUCAGCAGAAACAGCGACUGAAUCAACGACUGCUUCUAAGGAAACCAUUGAAAAAACAGCUGUUGAAGCUGUUGUGGGUGAAAACCCUGAAACACAACCAUCAGCCGAAUCAAUUUCGGAGGAACCAGCCGAAGAAAUAAUAAAAACUCCUAUGGAGCCUACUACAGAAUCAAAGAUCGCAGACCCUCUUACACCAGAGGACAUUAAAAUAAAAACAAAUGUGACAGCUUCCGAUGCAGUACCACCUACUAAAGUAAUUCAAGAAAUCAAUAUUUCUUCCGAAACUAUAACUUCAGAAUUGACUUCAACGUCUCAAGAGACAAUGGAGAACACUUCAACAGAACCCGAUUCCAUUCCAGCUUCUGAAUCAAAAAUAAUGAUUACAGAAUCAACUACCGGAGCAGUAGCUGAAGACACUCCAACAUCAGUAAAGGAAUCAACAGCUGAUGUGGUGCAGUCUGAAACCGAGAACCCUACCGAUCCAUCUUCAACAGAAGUAACUAGGGAAACAGUCGAGAAAGCUUCAGUGGCAGAUCCUAAAGAAUCCGCUCAGGAAAUUCCAACUGAGUCGGAAUCCACUCUAGUUGAGCAAUCUCCUUCUAAACAGCCAGCCGAAGAAAUCACCGCUGAAAAAGUGGAGACUUCAAAAGAGCUUGUGCCAUCAACGGAAGUGUCAUGUGAGAAAAUUCAAGUGACAGCAGAAGGCAGUUCGAAGGAACCCACUUCAGAUGAAAUUGCAGGUCCAACUUCUACUGAAAGCGUUCCCUUGGAAACAACAGCAGUAACUGAAAAGGUUGUUCCCGACGUUAAUCCAACUCCAAGUGAAGAGUCAGCUACUCCACCCAUUCAUGAGAAAGCGAUCGAAGUGAGGCCCACUCCAAUUGUAGAAAAUGUUGGUGCUGAACCUAAAUCUCAGGAAAUUAGCGAGAAAAGUUCACCCACGUCGUUGUCUAUUUGUGGAACAUCAGAGCCAAAGGAAGAUUCUGUUGAAGUGUCAACAUUAGCAAAGGACACAGAUCCUCUGGCUUCAGAAUUAUCUGAGAAAGUUUCAGUAACAGAACCUCCAAUCUCUGAUGCUCCAGAACAGGAAUCAGCUUUGGCACCUGAAGUUCCAAUACCAAAAUCAGCGAUAUAUAAUAGUCCAGAAUUAACAGCAGCAGUGGUAGUGUCAGAAGCUUCGGCACCGGAAGCCGCAGCACCUGAAGUGCCUAAAUCAGAACCCGAAACGUCAACGCUUCAAGUAUUAGAAGCUGAAAAUGCAACAUCACAAGGACCAACGUCGGAGAUACAAGAUUCUGUGUCAGAGCUCGGCAAACCUCUAAUCUUAGACGACACAGCACAAGAAUUGGUUCCAACUACUGAUGCUCCAGCUACCACUCCGGUGGUAGAAUCUCUAGAAGUAAAAACACCAGUAUUGCAAAAUAUUCCGGAAACCGAAGUAGUAACAUUAAAACAGUCAAUAUCGGAAGCUCCAGCAUCGGAAGCUUUUGUAGCAGAACCUUUACCAGAAGGAGCUCCGGGAGAAAAAACUGAAGAACUAACGGUGGAAAAUCCAAGUGUGGCAGAAACUACUCCCACUCCAGCAGCACAAACUGUUAGCACACAAGUGAUAGAAAAAGAUACCAAAGAAUUAGUCGCGGAACAAGAGAAACUCCAAAAAGAAUCAGAAGAGGGGCCGGAAACAAAAUCUGUUGAAAUAGAACCAACCUCUGUGGAAAAGUCUGUCGAGGAAACUUCAGAACAGAAACCUGAGAAAACUAAAACUGAGUCGGUAUCGCAAUCACCAGCCGUUGAGCCUGAAAAGGCACAAGGAGAAAUCCGAACAAUAGCCGACCAGAAUUCGGAAGCAAAAUCGGAGAAAGCGGUCGAGGAAACCCCAGCAUCCGAAUCAACACCUACGACAGAAGUCUCAGAUGAAACAGUGGUCGAAUCAAAACCUUCAGAAGAUGCAACUUCUAUUGCAGAUUCCAAGGAAACUGAAGAAGUAAAUCCUACUAUCCUCGAAGGCUCGCCAACUUCCAAUGUUGAAAUAGUAUCAACAGAACAAGCUUCAAAUUCGAUAUCGGGAGUAGAGGCAGAUGAAAAUCCAACACCAGAUAUAGUUUCCAACACUGAAACAACCCCAAAUGGGGAACCUGAGCUAAGUACCCCGUCGGAGUCAACUGCCGCAGCAAAAGCUGACGAAGGAGUUGCAAAAGUUCCCACAACAUUAGAUACGAUCUCAACCCCGGUUUCAGAAGAAACAACACCGAACUCGCCCGCUCUACCUACAUUAGAGGUACCGCAGGAGGUGAUAACGCCAGAUUCUCUUCAAAUAUGUAAAUCACCCUCCAUGGAUUCUGAUUCCGAUGCGUUCCGAACACCACCUUCAGAACCACAAACAGAUUAUCAAACACCACUGGAAUCGCCCGGUAAUAAGAAAUCAAAUGUUGACCUAACACAAGUUUCAUCCGAGAACAAUAUAGUUUCUGAAUCUUUAAAUGUAGAAUCCGAGCUAAGUGCAGAAAUUGCUAAUAUAAGCUUAGGUAAUGUGGAACCUCAAGAAGCCGUUCCGGAGACAGCAGAUGAUGGUGGAGAAGAUGUUAUAAAUCCCCCAGGAGAAAUUAAUAAUAACGAUAUCGUGGAACUUCCGGUUGCUGAAAAUCAAGCCUCACCAGAAGAGGUAACUCAAGCUACUGAUUCCGCCAUUGAUACUUCCGAAGUGGAAAAACAUGACACGUCGGCUGAGGAGGCAAAAAUAGAAGAACCAUCCUUAGAAGAUAAAAUUGUAAGAUCCUCAGCGGACAACCUAGCAGAGGUACCUGUUGUAGAUGAACAAAAAUCGUCUCGCUCAUGUGAAGUGGUCACGCCACUCCCUUCAGAGACAUCGGGAGAUGAAGUGAAAGUAGAAACCCCUAUAGACACGAAUAUUGAAGAAUCUUCUUCUAAAGUUCCUGAGCCACAACCUGAGGUAAAGCAGAUGGAAGCGAUAGCAGCUGAACCUUCAGGGAUUGCAAAAGAAAAUUGUAAUGAAGAAAAUGCGGAGGGAACCUCAAAGGAAGCAGGAGUUUCUGAAAAUCAAACAUCAACUGGAAAUGACACAAAAGAAUCUGCAACAGAUGUUCCAGUGUCAGAAGUUCAACUUUCAGAUGAUUUGAAAUUAGAAGCUUCAGCAGCGGAAACUGAAGGGUCUGAAGUGCCAAUUUCAGAUGCUCCGGAUACGAAUGCUACAAAAAUUGAAGAAGUUUUGAAACCGGAAAUUUCAGCGUCCGAAUCUGUAGUCUCGGAAGGAGAAUCAAUGUCACAAGUUGCAAAAUCAGGUGAUCCAGUAGCAGAAGGUUCAUCAUUGGAAGUUCCAAUAACCGAUAAAGCGCCUGUAGAAACUUUAACUGAAGUGUCGGAAUCUCCAUCAACAGAAGAUCCUGAUUCAAAAGUUCCAGAAACAGAAAUUGCAGCUCCAGAAGUUUCAACCUCUGAGCCCUUGGAAUCAACGAGUUCAGUGCCUGAGGUUCCAAUAACAGAACCCCUACCUUCAGUUGCUCCAACAACAGAAGCGCCUGAAUCAGAAGUUCCCACAUUAGAAAAUGCAGAAUCGAAAGUAUCUGGUGUGGAUUUAGAAGCUACUGCAACAGAUGCUCCAUCAAUAGAACCUUCUGAACCAGAAGCUCCUGGAUCGAAAGGUUCUGCUUCAGAUUUAGAAGCUUCCUUGUCAAAAUGCUCGGAACAAGAAGCAUCAAUGACAGAAAUCCGAACAUCUGAAACAGCUACAAUCAAUGUGCCAUCUCCAGAAGCCCCUAAAUCGGAAGAGACAGAAUCGAAAGAUUUAGCAACAGAAUCUGCAUCAAAAUCUUUAGUAUUAGAUACUGAAAAUGAAAAAUUAUCAGAAAUUUCAAACCAACAAUCAGUUCCAGUAUCGCAAUCAUCAGCAGAAUCUCCGACAUUAGAAGCCCCAUCUUCUGAAGAUCAGGCUUUGGAAAUGUCAAAUGUUUCAGCACAGACAAAUAUGGAGCCCGACGCUCCAGAAUUGAAAGCAUCAGUAGAAUCGCCACAACUGGAUGAUCAGACAAAUGCAGAAUCCGAAGUUCAAGAAUCAAAAGAUUCUGCAUCAGCUGCAGACAAAUCAGAAGUUUUAGACUCUGUAGAAAAAUCUACAGCAGAUGAAGCAUCAUCUUUAGAUGUUCCUGUUUCUGAAGUAAAAGAUUCAAAAGCACCAGUGGCAGAUAUUUCAGCAACGCCGGAAGUACAAGCAACAGAAACCGCAGCACCGGAAGCUACAGAAUUAAAACCUUCAGCUACAGAGGAAUCAGAAGCCAUACUAAAGAAUGCUGAACCAUCUAUGUUACCAAUCCCAGAAACGGAAAAUCCAGAACCGACUGAAGAUGUAGAGAGCUGCGCGUCGGAAGCUCCAGUAAUUGAAGAAGUUCUAGGCUCUGUGCGAAAUACUGAAGUAUGUGAAGCGUCCCUUUCAGUAGCUUCCGUUUCUGAAGUAGCAAAAGCUCCAAUGUCAGAAGUCUCAGAAUCAAUUGUUCCGACUCCGGAUAUUUCAACAAUGCCAGAUGUCCCAACACCUGAAGCUCCAGAAUCAAAACCAGCCGUUUUAGAAGAAUCAGAAGCCUCAGCAACAAAUGAGUCUGCGGAACCAAAAUUAGAAUCUCAAGAUGCCGAAACGACAUCCCCACAAGCUCCAACAUUAGAGAGUUGCUCGUCGGAAGCUCCAGUAACUGAAGCACCAGCAUCAACAAAUUUAACAUCAGAAUCACCAGGAUCUGAAAUUACAGAACCGCAGGUUCCAAAUUCAGACAAUGUGACAUUGGAAGUUAAAGUAUCUGAAACUUCGGACAAGAAACCCUUAGGGUCUGAAGCACCAGAAGUUCAAACAACAGAUUCUGCAGCAGAAACUCAAGGUGCAGCAAAAGCGACAACACCACAAGCUCCAACAUUAGAGAGUUGCUCGUCGGAAGCUCCUAUAAAUGAAGUACCAGCAUCUACCGAUUUGCCGUCAGAAUCUCCUGGAACUGAGACUACAGAACCGCAGGUCCAGGCUUCAAUAAAUGAGGCAUCAGAAGUUAAAGCAUAUACAAUUUCGGUCCAGGAACCCAAAGCUCCAGAAAUCGAAGAAGCACCAGCAUCGAUAGAUUCUACGCCAGAAACACCAGCAGCUGAAAUUACAAAAUCGGAAAUUUUGGCUUCACAAAAUCAGGAAUCUAAUAAGAUAGAAUCAAAAACGUCGGCACAGGUUACUUUGGAGUCUGGAACUCAAGAAUCGAAUGCUACGGCAUUAGAAGUCCCGCCGACAGGAGAACCAAUAUCAGAUGUUCCAACGACUGAAGCUACAGCAUCACAAGCUCCAACAUCAAGUGAUCCGGAGCAAGAAUCACCUACAUCAGCAAACUUUUCUCCACCAGAAUCGGCAGUCUCUGAAGCACCGGCUACUGAAACCCCACCACCAGCUACCGAAGUUUCAGUGCCUGAAGAUUCAAUAUCAAAUAUUCUAUCAGAAGAAUCGGCGACAAAACCAGAUAUUUCAGAAUCUGAAUCUAUAGCUUUAGGGGCCAAAGCUCCGUCAUUAGAUGCUCAAGCGUCUGAAACGGCAGCGACUGAAGAAACAACAGUGGAUUUGCCAAAAGAGCCACAAAUUUCAGAAGCUGCGGAAUCAGUAGUUUCAGUACAGGAAUCAAUUUCAACACCAGAUGUUCCAAAACAUGAAAUAGAAACGACAGAAUCUGCUAAAUCUGAAGAACCUGCAUCAAUUGCUCCAGAAACGGAGACAGCAGAGUGUCAAGCAUCAGAAAUUUCAGCUCCAGAAUCUGAAGUUCCAACAUCACAAGUUUCAGUGUUAGAAGCGUUGCCAGAAAUGACUGCACCUCAAUUAGAAACUCAAGUAGAUUCUGAAACGUCCACGUGUCCAAAAGAAGCUGUAGAGUGCUCAAAAGUGGAAUCAAGUGAAGCAAAAAAAUCAGAUUCUGCUCCAGAAGAAAGUUCUCCUCAUACCGCACUUACCGCUGAAACUACAUCAGCAGAAGUUCCAGAAGGUCUCGAAAUUGUGGUAGUAAAAAUUGCUGAACCUUCCGAUAUCAAAUCAGGUGAAUCACCUCCUCCCCCUUCUACAACCCUCGAAGAUACCACUGUAACUUCUGAGACAGAUGUUUCCCAACCAACAUCCACAUCCGAAGCCACUGAUGCCCCUGGUAGUACACAACCAACCACAGAAUGUAGCGCAGAUGAGGCAAAUCAAAUAGUCUCCUCAGCCAAAACUACAGAUGACAUUGCCCCCUCUGAAAGUCAAACUUCCACCAGCCAAGUAGAAAAUUCCAAUGACAACUCUCAACCUCUCGCAGUUUCCUCCGAUGCAAUCGAAAAAGAAACUGCAUCCAGUGCCACCGAAUCAAAACCUUGUGAAAUAUCUGAAAUAUCAACAACAAAUUCCGCUCCAAUAGUGGAGACUGUUCCCAGCAUUAGCCCUCAGCAAAUUACCAAUAAUCUAACGGAAGAAAUCUCCCAAGUAGUUCAAUAUCCAGAUAACAACAUCCCAAAUUCUGAACCUCAAACAAACGUUGUGGAGUCGAAAGAAAUUGUAGACCCUACACUUCCAAAUCUCUCUGUAACACCUCAAGAAGUAAUAACAGAAACUUGCCCCGUAGAAGAAACACCCACACCUCUAGAAAAUAAUGUCAAUAAUCCACCUGAAGAACACCUUCAGGAACAAAUGUUAAAAACUGAAACAUCGACAAGUGUCAAUGAAACCCUUCCUUCAGUUGCUAAAUGUGAGUUAGAAUCUUCUUCAAAGGAAGAUUUUUCAGAGUUCUCUAAGCUCUCGGCAGGGGAACCAAUGGAUACAGAAAAUGUGAAAAGUAGCAAUCCUGAUACAACCUCACAAAAAGAAAAGCCGGAUUCCAAUGAUACAACACCUGCCUCUUCAAAAGAAAUAGUUCAAGUUCUAUCUACAGAAUCUGAAGCCGCAAAUGAAUCACCGUCCCCAAAACCUGAAGAAUCAAAAGCUCCAUUGCAAGAAUCUGAAGUUCCAGAAACUCAGAUAACAGAAGUUAAAGAUUCUGAAUCCCCAGCACAGGAAUUAAGGGCAUCAGGAGUUCCAGAGCCAGAAGCACGAACAGGAUCGGAAACUCAAGCUACGGAAGAUCAAGUAGUGACAAGUUCCGAAUCAAAACCUCCUGCACCUGAUGCUUCAGAAGCUCCUGCCUCAAUAGUUGAGAUAACAGAAGUCAAAGAUUCUGAAUCCACAGCACAGGAAGCUAAAACCUUAGAAGUUCCAGUGCCAGAAACUCAAGCUACGGAAGUUUCAGUAGAUAAUAACUCUGAUAACGCUUCGUUAGAAGCUUCGGAAAAAGAAGCUCAGGUGGAUCCAAGUCCAGAAUCACAGCCUACAGCAUUGGAUGCAUCAGAAGCUCCUGCAUCAGAAGUUCGGAUAACAGAAGUUAAAGAUUCUGAAACCCCAGCACAUGAAGCUGAAGCAUUAAGAGUUCCAGUGCCAGAAACUCAGACUGGAUCAGAAAUUCAAGCUACGGAAAUUUCAGAAGAUAACAAAUCUGACAACGCUGUGUUAGAAGCUUUGAACAAAGAAGCUCAGGUAGAUCCAAGUCCAAAAUCAGAGCCUUCGGCAUUGGGUGCUUCAGAAGCUCCUACAUCAGAAUUUCAGAUAACAGAGGUUAAAGAUUCUGAAUCCCCAGCACAGGAAGCUGAAACCUUAGGAGUUCCAGUGCCAAAAGCUCAGACUGGCUCGGAAACUCAAUCUACAAAUGUUUCAGAAGAUAACAAAUCUGAUAACGUUGCCUUAGAAGCUUCGGUUAAAGAAGUUCAAGCAGCGACAAGUUCAGAAUCAGAACAUCCUUCACCGGAAACGCCACAAUCAAAACCAAUAUCAGAAGUUGCAGUAUCGGAGACUCCAGUAACUGAUAUUGUAGCAGCAGAAGGUUCCUCAGUUGAAGAUGUUCCAGCUUCAGUUGCAGAAAUUGAUGAUUCAAAAGUUCCUAUGACAGAAGCUCAAGAAAUAGUUGCAACAGAAACUCAAGUCUCAGAAGUUCCUACGUCCGAAGCUUCAACCACACAAGUUCAGGAAACUAAAGUAUUAGGUAAUAUUGUGGCAAACGUUGCAACAAAUGAAGCUCCAGGACCAGAAAUUCCAGCAACACAAUCUCAAGAGUCCGAUAUUACUGUAUCUGAAUCUUCAGCAUCGGAAAUUGGCACAUCAAAAUCUUUACCAAAAGACACUUUGGAAGUUCAAGAAGUACCAUCGGAAGCUUCAGCUGAAUCUUCGGCAUCAGAAGCAGCAGCGGCAGAAGAUCUAAAACCAGAAGCUGAAGCAACACCAGAAGCUGAAGCAACACCAGAAGCUGGAACAUUAAAGGCUUUGCCAAUAGACAUUUCAGAAACAAAAUCUAAAACAGCCGAAAGUCAAGUAGUAGAAAGCCAAGAUUCAGAAGUUUCUGUUGCGAAAUCGUUAGCGCCAGAAGUUGUAGCGUCGGAAGUUGAAGCACCAGAAGCUCAAAACCCAGCAGUACCUGCAACAGAAAAUCCCGCAGUGGAAACUGAAGCAUCAAAAAAUUCAAUAUCCGAAACUCAGCCGCCAGAAGCUCCAGUAUCGGACACUCAAGCGGUUGGACAUCUUGUGACAGAAGUACCAGAAACAAAUGCUUUGAAAGCUAAAGAAUCCGAUCAUCUGACCUCAGAAGCUCCAGAAGUAGUAACUCAAUCAUCAGUGACAGAAAAUCAGGAAUCUGUUCCUCCGGAAACACAAGUACCAGGAACAAAAUCUUUGGAAGCUCAAGAUAAUGUUGGCUCAGAAGCUCCAAAUCAUGUUGCCCCAGAACCUCAGCCAUCAGAAGUUUUAAUGCCAGAACCUCAAGAUUUAGAAGAUUCUAUAGAUAAAUCUCCAGCAUCACAAGUUCCAGUACCAGAUACUCAAGUCCCAAUAGUUUGUGAAAAAGAGGUUCCAGCAACGAAAGCUUUAGAGGCUGACCAAUCAGAUAAGGCAGCAACAGAAUCUCCAACAGUGGAUGCUCCAAUUCCGGUACUCAAAACUUCUAUUGCAGAACCUUCUGCUUCAGAACAUCCUACAUCAGAGUCGGAUGAAUUAAAAACAAAUACCACCGAUAAUGUAGCGGCACAAGUUCCAGUGGAAGGAUCUCAAGCUUCAGAAGCUCUUACUGCAGGAGCCCCAGCUGCAAACCUUGCGGAAGCUAAAGAAGUGGAUAAUGUAUCAGAAGUUCCACCAGCGAAAUCCCAAGACCCAAUAGCUUCUGUAUCUGAAUCUCUAUUAGCGGAUGCUGUAGUAGCAGAAGCUCAAAGAACAGACGCAUCUGAAAUUGAAGCUUCUGCAACACACUUUUCCGAAGCUAAAGAAUCAGAUAAUAUUUCGCCGGAGACUGCAACAAAGGAAGCUCAACAACCGGAAAUUCCAGAGCCGGAAACGCAAACAUCUGAAGUUUCAGCCACAGAAGCUCUAGAGUCAGAAGUUCCCAUAGAUUCUGUAGUAAAGGUAUUACCAUCUUUGGAAGCUAAAGAAUCAGAUAUUGUGGGAUCGGACGCUCAAGUUUCAAUAUCAGAAGCUCAAAAUUCAGAAAUUGCAGAACCUAAAUCUUCUGAUGCUGAAGCGUCGGAAGUUCCAAGACCUGAUGCUCAAAUGGAAGCUUUGGAAGCAGAUGCUUCGCGAGCUAAAGAAAUUGAUAACGUAGUAUCGGAAGCAGUAACAGCGGAAUCAGAUAGACUAAUAUCGGAAGCUCCGACAACCGAAGCUCAAUCAUCAGAAGUUCCAGAAUCGGAAUUACCACCUAAAGCUUCGCAAGCUAAAGAGACAGAUGAUGCAGUAUUAGAAGCUCCACCACCUAAUGCAAAUGAUUCGAAAGCAACUGCAUCUGAAUCCUCAGCACUAGGUGCUCAAGUACCAGAAGUUCAAGCUGAUGUAGCUGCAGUAAUAGGAACUUCAGUAACAAUUGCUUCGACAUCUAUAGAAUCUGAAAAUGCAGCAUUAGAUACCUUAACAGGGAAAGUUGAAGCAACGCAGGAUGCAGCGCCAAUAGUUCAAUAUUCAGAUACUGCAGUAACAAAGGGUGGGGCAACAGAAUGUCAAGUACCAGAAACACAAAGUUCAGAAAUUGCUUUAACAGAGACUGCUACAUCAGACAUUUCAAAGGGUAACGAGUCAGAUAAUGUGUCGUCAGAAGCCCCAGCUGCGGAAGUUGUCGCAUCGGAGGAUCCAACGGCUGCCGAAUUUCCAGUAUCAAAAACACAAAGUUCAGAAGUUCCUUCAGCUGAGACUUCAGUAGUAGAUGUUUUGAAAGCUAAUGAAACAGAUAUGGUGUCAUCAGAAACUCCAGCUGCGGAAGUUAAACCAUUAGAACCUAAAGAUGUAGAAGCGAAAGAACCUCCAAAAUUAGAAGCUCAAACACCAGAAGCUUUAAAAUCCGAACCUACUAAAACGGAAGCUCAAACAAUAAAUGGUUCUGAAGCUAAGGAAUCGGAUAAUAUAGCAUCCACAGCGUCAGCAACGGAACUACAAACUUCAGAUGUUGCAGUACAAGAAGUUUUGGCUGCAAAAAUCAAAACAGAAGCCAAAGCUACUGUGGAAUCCACUCAAAAUGAAGGCUCUUUGCAGGUAGAGCAAGCGGAAGUUUCAGGUUCACAGAAUUCUGAACUUCCUUCGGAUUCAAAAAUUUCUGAAAGUUCAGCUGUGCCAGAAGAGAGUUCAGUUCAGGUUCCACAAGAAGCUAAUAUCACGGAAACUGCAAAACCAGAUACCGUGGUUUCUGAAAUGUCUGGGGAUUCCCCAGAUCCUCAAGAAGUAUCAGUUAUGGUACAAGAGGAAUGCAACGCUAGCGAGUCUCCUGUUACCAUUCAUGAAGCUCCGAAUAAAUUAACAGAAAAUGUGAUACCAGAAAAAUCAGAAGACGAAGGUAAGGUGCAAUCAGCUUUUGGCAAAGGAACUUCAACUGAAAAUUCGGAAAAAUCUGAAAUUCUCCAAGAAAAAUCAGUCACAAAUCAAGAGCAAUGUAACUCUACUAAAUCUUCUGACGAUGUCCAGGAAAUCUCAAAUGUAGUUAUAAUUAAUGCUGAGAAAGUAUCGGAUGAAAGUAAAAAAUCUGAAUCUGAUAAGGAAACUACUGGAGAAUCGUCUGGUUUGGAACAUGAAAUUCAAUUAGAAGAAGAACAAACAGCGAAAAAAUCCGGAGAACUAAUUUUGGAUAAAUCAACUCCUAUUUUAGGUUCUGAAGUGUCUUCUGUUGCUCAAGAGAGUCCAUCCAUACAUCAGGAAAAAACUAUUAACACUGAAAACGUAUCCCAACCACCAGCUGCAGAAUGUGGUUCAGUUUCAACAGAGAUACCUUCCAGUACAUCACAAGUUGAUAAACAGACAGAUUUUGCUUCAAUACCUGCAGAUCUACCAGCAAAAGGUGUAGAAUCUUCUCUAACAUUAACUGAGGAAACCCCAUUGCCAAGUGAAAGUCAAAGUACUUUGGAUUCGUCUUCUGGGGAAAAUAUUCCAACAAAUUCUUCAGUGCCAGAAAAUUUAGUUCCUAAACCAACAACAGCGCUUUCGGAUGAAGCACCUUUAGUUGCACCAGCAACUACGAAUGAAACAUCCAUUACCACAAUACUAAAAUCAGUUCAAUCAUCUGUCACAACACAAAUUGGCUCUGAGAAUUCUGGAGCUGAUAAAAAUCAAACUUUAGGCGAAAAGUCUAUAGAUAUUGCCCCUCAUCCAAGUGCUGGUGCUACAGACACCAUAAAAUCUUCUGAAAAGGUCAUUCCUGAAUCUAUUACAGAGGUUCCAAACGAAUCAAGUAAAACUUCCAUUGAAACCAAAUCUUCCGAACUAGAAGUAUGUUCCGCCAUGUCUGCCGAAGCAGUGCCCACACAAGAAUCAACUGAUGUGCCACAAAUUGAAAAAGAAACCACCAUCACAAUCGGAAAGGAAUCUUCUGGACCAGGAGUAUCGGAUGUAAUAACGACUUCCUCGGCUAAUAUUGAAACUGUUCCCGUGGAGCAGAAAGAUUCAAAUCCAGCUACUUGGGAAGCACCCAAUGCCAUAGAAAAUAAACAAACUCCUGAAUCAGAAGUAUGUCCGCUUGCGGAUAUCCCAACAGAAGAUUCCAAAUCAUUACAAGAUUCAAAAGUAGAUAAUGCUACUGCAUCAGUAAUUGCUUGUGCAUCUCAAUCAGGCGAACACAUUUCAUUGUCGAAAUUAGAAUCAAUUGAAAUCAAUGCAGAUGUGGCGGAACCUAUUUCGGUAGAACCAAUUCCAGCAGUAAGUGAAGCAGAAGCUCUAGAAACAGAAGAUCCUAUUGAUGAGCUGAAAAUAGAUGUUGCAGAUCCUUGCGAUAUGUCAUCAGGUGAAUUACCUCGCACUGUAUCUUUGGCUGAUGAAUUGGCAGCCGCUUUGGGAGCCUCCAAGGAAGAUAUUUCCGCUGAGGAAUUAGUUGAGGCUCUAAAGAAAAUUGAGACUAGUGAAAUGGAAGAAGUAGAGGUAAAUGUCUUUAAAAAGCAUGGGGAGAGUCAAAACGUUGCAGAACCUGAUAAAGAUUCUUCGGGAAUAACCGGGGAGUGUUUCCCUGCAAAAAUUGCUGAAGAGGUCCCAAAAACUGAAGAUCAAACAACAGAAAAUCUUCCGCCACCUAAUGAAUCCACUGUUGAAACUCCAAGCCCUGAUGGGGAUUCCCUAGAAAAACAAGGGGGUUCACCUUCUCCGGAUAAAGAAAACGUAACGACAAAUGAGGCAACAAGUUCACAAUCCUCAACCGUUGCAGAAGGGUCAGAAAAUUCACCCAGUGAGAACUCCACAGUUGGUAUUCCUUCAUCUGAAAUUGAAAAGACAACAAUUGUUGAGAACGCAGUUGCUCCGAGUGAAUCUACUCCAGUAACUUCCGAAAAACAAGAGCUUCCAUCGGGCGUCGAAAAAGAAGGAAUCACAAAGCUUCUUGAAAUAAAAACUGGAGAGAUUUCGGCAGUAAAAGAUGAGUCAAGUCUUACUUCCAAUGUUGAGAGUCUUACUUCCAAUGUUGCAAAAUUGGAAUCGAAGGCUGAGAAUGUACCUGAUUCAAUUGCUCUUGAAGCUUCAGAAAAGCAGGAAAUUUCCGUGGAAGCAGUUCCAAAGAGCAAUGAAGCUCCGGAAGAAGAGUCCUCAAACGAUUCAGAAUCUGUCAUCCAGCCAACUGAGAAUGCUGUUGCAGAUGUUCAUAAACCUGAAGCUGAUUCUUCGAAAAAAGUAGAGGGUUCCCUUCCCUCGCCUUCUGAAGAAAUAACUACAAAUGUUGAUGAGCCAUCUACACAAGAAUCUCCUUUAAUCGUUCCGGAAUCUGUGAUACCUCCAAAGGAAGAAUCUUCCUCAACAUCUAACGUUGAAAAAGAAACUCCUUUAGAUUUGAUCAGAGAACAAGAGAUUUCCACUCCAUCUGCCGAGGAAAAUGAACCAACUAAAGAGCAUUCUACAAUAACUAAUUCGGAACCUGAGAAACCUAUUGUGGAUAUUAGUAAAUCGGAAGCUAAUGCUUCAACAGAAGAAGUUUCACCAGCAAUUGUUUCAGAAUCUGUCCUACCUCCCCCUGCUGAAAUGCCAAUAUCUGCGGCAGAGGAAAUUUCAAUCUCAUCAGCUUCUGUUGAGACGACGAAAGAUGAUGAUAUGAAUCCUACUGCCCAUGCUACAAAUUCCGAAACUGAUCUUUCAGAAAAAGAACUUACGAUUCCUAUAGCUUCUGAAAAAAAUAUCGCCAAAGUCGACGAAUCCACUAUGGAACAACCAACGGCAAUCGUUACGGAAUCUGUGAUUUCUCCGCCUGAGAAACGUACUGUUGAUAUGUUAAUUGAAAUGGAUCAAGAAAUGGGUGGAAAAGCACAAUUCCCAUCAAGUGAGAAAGUCUCUACCACGAUCGUAUCCGAAGUGGAACCUGCGAUUACUACUGUCGAUAUCCCUACGUCCGAAUCAGAUUCUUCAAAAAAUAAUAUUUCAAUUCUAGUAACCUCAAAAAAAGAAAGUAUCAGUACUGAAGAAGCUACUCUGGAACUAUCGCCGACAGCGGUUUCUUCGCAGAAACCUUCUCCAGAAAAACCUCCGAAUAUUUCACAAACUGAUCUAGCGAAAGAUACAGUUGGAAAAGUAUCAUUAGAACCGGUCGAAAAACAAGAAAUUGAGGAACUUGCCAAAAUUAAAGAUACCACAAACGCUUUGAAAAUUGAGAGUCCAGAACAUAAGGAUCCAAGUGAUGAAAAAGAGGCCGUUAAGAAUUCUGUCGAUGAAAUUAAAGCAAGUAAUGUUAGCUUAGAUUCUACCAAAAACCAAGAUAUUUCCAUUUCGCCGAUUACUAAAGCAUCAGCAGAGACAUCUUCUAACAUUGAAGCUUCCAAGAAUAUUGUGGCAGAAGAUCCCGUCGCAAACCUAUGCCCAGAGAAAGUUUAUCCAAAGACCGAACUUCGUUCUCCUAUUCAAAGUUUAGAUGUUUCAAAUAUCGAAGAAAAAUUCGAAACUACAAUCGAAACUCUUGCUACAGAUUCCUCUGCGACUUCCACAGCUCUAGACAAUGUUGCGUCGAAAGAUGAUCCAACUGACUUCCCGCCAGGUUCUAUAGCAGAACGUGAAUACAAGAAAUGGUAUAAUGCUGUGGAAAUGCCCAAUAAUCCAUAUGCGCCGGAAGCCCUCAAACGUCGCAUAAGUGGCAGUCAGGAACGUUUCAUUGACUUGCCCAAUAUAAAUGCAUCAACCGAUCUAAGUCCUUUAGAGAUGUUAACCAAAGAAAAAGUGGAAGCUGAUGAAGCCAAUCAACGGGAAAAUGAAUAUAGAAGAUACAGUCGUGAUUAUUACAUCAAUGAUGGCUCUGCAAAAUCAUCACAAGUAUCAUCACCGGUGCGUGACAUGACCAACAAGGAUGUAACAGAGGUUAAACCAAGCAAAUCUGAACAACAAUCCGCAGCAACCUUGACGGUGCCCGAAGCUACAAUAUGUACCACACAACCACAGGCAGUUUCAGAUGUAUACAAAGCCAUACCGGCCCAGGCAGUGGUGGUGGAGGAUACUACAACAUCGUCAUCAUCCCUUGAUACCAUGUCACAACAAUCAUUGCAAUCGGUAGCCGGAGCCGGAGGCGCAACUACCAGCGAUGAUUCAGAUACAAUAAAAAUAUAUAAUUUUAAGAAACAGGAAACAACGACACUCAGUCGAGAUGGAGCUAAGGAAGAAACUCCUGCCAUCAGUGGAGCUACGAAGAAGGAGGAGACGACAAGUGAUGCGCCAGCCAAAGAACGACCAACGAUGCUAAAUAUCAGCCGACAAGAAAGUACAACACCCCUAAGUACGGGCAACACACCCACCAGAGGUUCUACACCGCCAGCUUUUAAAUUUUUACAACCCAAACGGAAAUUAUUGAAUCCAAGUCAGGUUUUGUCACAGGAUGUUGAUGAGGAGCAACCGUCAUGUAGUCAGGUGCCAGAGAAACCCGUCAUCGAAAAGGAAGUAGUCCAUGCCCUGCCUUCGGUAAAAGCCUUGGCCAGAGCCUUCCUAAUGACAUCGUCAUUGUCACAGCAUUCAGCGGAAAGAAUAUGGCCAAGAAAGGCCAAAACCAUACCAGGACAAUUGAAAACACCUACCAAAUCUGUUGUAAAACCCAUUGAAAGUCCCAAAGCCGAUGUAGACAAAUCCGAGGAAGAUGCCACAAUAGCAUCUGAUUUAUCGUCUCUGGAAACCGAUCCAUCAUCGGCUGGAAAAACACCAGAUGAUGCCAAAGAUCAAAAAUCAACAACAACCACACCUGCAAAUACUCCCACCACAGCCGACACAGCGUCAACGACAACGACGACCCCCACCACCACACCAUCUCCAGUGCGACAAGGCGUCCUUAAAAGUAAUAUUGCUUUCUUUGAGAAUUUAAAGUUUAAGUAAAUAUUUUUGGAAAGGAAAUUUAAAAAAAAAACAACAAAAAUCAUAAUUAAGAGGUUAAGAAAUUCUACAGAAUUGGAUACUAUUUUCAUUUUUAAAGAAAAUACUAAUUAACAAUUCGAAAGGUGAAGGGAAACUAAACUAGAGAGAAUGAGUUUCGAAAAAAGGUGCCAUUGUACGCUUUAAUUAUUUUUUAUACACAUAUUUUUUUUUUUUUUUGAUUUUGUAAUUUAUAUUAAACAAAUUUAACCCAUAUUUGUUUGUUAUAGAAAAAAAAACUUAUUUAAAUCAAUUAUUCUUAUUUUAAAGAAAAAAAAGGAGAAAUAGGUUGUUCGUUGUCACACAUUAUUCAUACAUCAAAAACGCUCCCCCCUCAGCCCGCAUACAUAAGUUGUAAGUUUCCAGAGGAAAAAAUAACAACCAGAAGAAAGUUAAACGUUUUGUUAAUUUAUAAAUAAGUAUUUAUGGUAUUAUUAAAUAGUUUUGUUAAAACAAAUAUCUAUUUAGUUGUGUAAGUCCAAAUGAAAGAGUUCUAUCUAUACAUGCUAGCUAUCUUGUAAUGCCAUUAACAUUCUUUCCUCUUCCUCCUCUUUAUCAUUAAAUCAUUAUUUUUCCUCAUCGAACUUUUUCAUAUUAUUGUUUUUUUUGUUGUCUUAUUUAUGUAAUAAUUUUUCAUUACAUUACAUAUGUAUAUCUAGUAGAAGCUACCCAUAUAUACAAUUAUAAAAAAAGGUUUCAAAAACAUAAUAAUCGAUAAUAUCGAAAAUAAAGCAAUUAAAAACUAAUAACGCUUUCAUGAACAACAAUACCUAAGUAAAAGUCAAAGAUAUAACCAAAAUAAACUAAAAGAAAAAAAGUUAAAA